CUUUCCACAACAAAAACAGCCGGCUGCAUUUGUCAACUACGCAGAAUUUGUUUACAUAAAUAUUACAGAAUUUGUUUCUUAAAAAAACGGGCUUCAAUUUUUGUUAAAAUACAUAAAUUGAACAAAGUUAAGCGGUUUAAACGUAUUUUUUUCAACUUCAAGGAAUCUAAUUAUUGGGAUUAUUAUUUAUCUGGCUGAAACAGACUUACCAAAGGCGCAGCAGAUAUUAACGAAGUAAAAACGACACAUAAAACUAUAAAAAGCUCGCGAAAAGUUCAAAAAUUUUAGUAAAGGCGAUUUGGUACAGGUACACAUAUUUGCCUGAGAAAACAGGAUUUUAAGCAUGCCACGAAAGAAGAAAUCGGGACAAAAAUCGGUCCCCACUUCGAACGUCGAAAUUCUUCCCACGCUUAACACAGACGUAAUUUCCUCCAUCUGUUCUUGGCUUCCGGUCCCAGACGUGAAAAACUGUCGCCUCGUGUCCCGAACUUGGAACGUCGCCGCGAAACCUAUCCUCAAGCAGAAAAGUGUUAUCAACCUGGAAUGCUCCUUCCAUAAGGGCGAAACUGCUCGAAAUGCAAAGUUCAAGAGAGAAAUGGCCUCCUUCGGACGACCCCUCAACCACGUGGACAUUUCCCUCGACGAAUUCGCCAUAGUCGACUUCAAGAGUAAACUUUACCUCGACCAUGUCAAGUUUUUCACGAAGGACCUCUCCGUGCAAAAGUUGGGGAUAUCCUCGCAAAUCAGUUCGAUCUGGAUGUCCCAGUUUUUGGAACAGAUUCUCGUCAAUGCCUCCCCCAACUUGGUCCAGGUCGAGCUGGGUCUUUAUGUUUAUGGCCAUUUAAUGAAAGGCGAAGACCCUUUCAUUGAAUUUUGUGGCGGGAAGAUAUUCGCCACGGUGAAAAGGCUGGAACUUCCGUUUUCCGCCACGAAUUGGUCGCUCGGGACGGUCAGGGUACCACAAAUUUUGGCCGCUUUUCCAAAUAUCGAGGAACUACGGGUUAGUGCGGAGCUGCUCCCAGUUCUGUUCGUGGAGAGGGGUUCAUCCCCAAGAUUCCUAUCAAAAUUAUGGGUCACUAGUGGCAUGACAGGCUCCAAGUGCGCCGCAUUACUAAAUCUGACCCAGCCCCUUAAACAUUUAAACAUCGAGCGAGCCCACAACCCCUCCGACGACGAGGACGACUGGGACGAGGAAGUCGACGUGGUCCCCUCUUUGUACGAAGUCCUUUCCAAGCAUCGCCACACUUUGGAAUACCUCGACCUCGGCUUGUCAGCCAAAUGUGACUGGAAAUUUCCACCUUUUCCGAACCUAAAACGACUAAAUUUUCUCAGCGAUCUGGAAGGCUACGGCUUUUCCGUUGAAUUUGAUGGUUCCAGAAUUUUAAAUUAUUCCACGACAUUUCCGAAGUUGGAAUCGCUAAACUUCACUCCAUGGGAUGGACGAUGGACGCGUUGUUUUCAGCCUUUUUUCCAUGCGAAUGCUGCAAUCUGUCAAAGUGUGAAGAGACUGGACAUUUCGGAUAAUUUCAAAUUUUAUGAAUAUGACAAUCUGAUCGAUAUGUUUAAGGCUUUUGACGGGGUUGAUGCCAAGUUUGCCCGGAUUUUAAACUUGUUUCCAAAUGCGGACAAUGUUUUUAUGCAGGAGUUGAAGCGUUACUUGGCGAAGAAAGGAGUUUAUAAGUAAUUAACUAGGAUUAAAUAAUGUCUGUAGAAUUUACAGGAUUUAUGUAUAUAUAAGUGAGUUCUGAUUUAGCAUUUAUAAAAAUUUGGAUUUAUAUAUAUUUUUUUCGACUUGAAAUUUAAAGUUGUAAUUCUUCUCUUGAAAUUAAUU